AAAAGCCAUAGAAACAAAGGAGCGUUAGGGAAGCCAAAUGGCAGCGCGGCUCUCGGCCUCGCCGCUCAUCUCCUACGCUGCCCUCAUCCCUCUGCUGUCACGCCGCGCCGCCACCGUCCGGUACCCGUUCCCCUUCUCCGGGCGAUCCCUUCUCAGCUUCUCAUCCAAAACCCUAACCGUAGCUCGCGAUGCCACUGCCAUGGACGUCUCCGCGCGAGCCCGGCGCGGGUUCGCCUCUCAAGUUGACGACUUCGCUUCCCCCGAUGACUUGUGCUUUGAGGCACCGUUGAAAAUUGUGGAGUAUCCUGACCCGAUUUUGAGGGCUAGGAAUAAGCGCAUCAGCACGUUCGAUGAGAAUUUAAAGAAAUUGGCGAAGGAGAUGUUCGAUGUCAUGUACAAAACUGAUGGCAUUGGCCUCUCAGCACCCCAAGUUGGAGUAAAUGUACAACUUAUGGUAUUUAAUCCUGCUGGUGAACGAGGUGAAGGAGAGGAAAUUGUUCUUGUGAACCCAAAAAUAUAUAAAGCCUCAACACGCACUUUAUUUUUCAAUGAGGGCUGCUUAUCCUUUCCAGGAAUAUAUGCAGAUGUAGAGAGACCAGCAUCUAUCAAGAUUGAUGCUCGAAAUAUAACAGGUGCAAGGUUUAGAGUUACCCUUUCUGGACUUCCUGCUCGAAUUUUCCAGCAUGAGUUUGAUCAUUUGCAGGGAAUUCUUUUCUUUGAUCGGAUGACUGAAGAUGUUCUUGAAAGUAUCCGUUCGGAGUUGAAGGCUUUAGAACAAAAGUAUGAAAGCAGAACUGGGCUUCCAAGUCCUGAAAGCAUUGAUAAGUAUGAGAGAACUCAGAGAAGAAAUGAGAUUGCUGGUUUCGCUGGAAGAUGACCAACCAAAUGGAAUUAUUUCUGAUUGGAGCCUAUAGCCAUGGCGAAGAGUAUUUAUAUCUUCUAGUAUGUAGCCUACUCAACAGUGCAAAGAGAUUUCAGUAUGAUGCCACAUAUAUGAAAUAUAUACUUCAUUUGGCAGAUGCUUUAACAUAAUCAGGUCUGUUGAUUAUAGCUGUGAUUACACAAGAUUUGUUUUCUUUUGAGAUACUUAUGGUCUCUGUCUCCUCUUCCUGUAUUUGAAAGAUUUUGCAAGUAAAUUGGUUGUUACUUCAA